ACUUUUUGUCGAUGCAUGCAGCAUUUUGUCCGGUUGAAGAUACCGUAUAAUUGGAUUCAGUGCAGUGCAGUGGCUUGCACGUUUUCCGAUCCUGUGUGGCGGUUGCUUGUGCUAAAUACGAGCUUUACGACGAUGGAUGAUGAAUCAAAAACUGUACUGAUGCUGCGCAGCCUCCACUGUUGUCAGAGGUGUGUCCUGAGAUUCUUGGGAAGGAAGCAUAUUCAUGUCUAUGCUAACCCUUUAGAGUCCUGCCCAUCUUUAUGGAAACUAGAAGUGAGAGAAGGAGGUCCACAGGAAGAUAGCCCAAUUACUGAUCAAGCUGAACAGCCCGAGAUACCAAAGGAAGGAAGCAAAGGGGAAGAAAUCUGCCCCGCAGAUCAGUCUGAGUCGCCAAAAGAAGGGAUUAAAGGGGAAGAAAUCUGCCCAGCUGAUCAGCCUGAGUCGCCAAAAGAAGGGAUUAAAGGGGAAGAAAUCUGCUCAGCUGAUCAGCCCGAGUUACCAAAAGAAGGGAUUAAAGGGGAAGAAAUCUGCCCCGCUGAUCAGUCUGAGUCGCCAAAAGAAAGGAUUAAAGGGGAAGAAAUCUGCUCAGCUGAUCAGCCCGAGUUACCAAAGGAAUCGUGCAAAGGGGAAGACAUCUGCCCAGCUGAACAGCCUGAGUUACCAAAAGAAGGGAGCAAUGGGGAACAGACCUGUCCAGCUUGUCUUGGUAUACUCCAAACAUUGUGCAAUGAAGAGACUGUGGAAAAGAUUUGUUCUGAUGUGGAAGCCUUGAACUACGAUUUCAAGAAUUACAUGCUGACUCUUGCACUCCCUCUUCAGUUGGAUAUUAGACAGCAUUGUUUGCUUACCCAUCUCAAUGAAAUCUGCAAAUUAUCUCUGAAGUCCACUGACAUCACCCCAAUCAAGGAUGUCUUCAAGUGGGUUUGUGGUCGGCUCUUCAGCACUCGCUUCCAGGUCAGAUUCUCACCAAAGAGCCCUUUUGAAGUUGGCUUGAGUUUUCAGCAUGGGGAGACGCAAGGAGAGGUAGACACAUUGUAUGAUGAGGUAACUGAUAAAGAACCAGCAAACAAAAGACGGAAGUUUGGAAGGUAUGCUCACAAGAAGAAGAAAGAAGAAGGACCAACCAGACAAGUCAUUGAAAGUGCUCUUAGAGGUCUUACCAGCAGGCAUCUUAAGAGAUUGCUUCCACACCCACCCACCAUGCCUCAGAGUGGGUCUUCAUAUUCCAUUGAAUGUCUACAUGAACCUGUUUUCCUUGCAGGGCGUUACACCAAGCACUCUCGUCACCUGUCACAAACACCAUGGAUCCUAGAAGGUGAAAGGAAAACAGAAUCCUCUGUAGAGGAGCAUAUAUGUCAACCAAUUCAGGAAACCUUGAGAGCAGUAGAUUAUCGAUUUGCUUCAUCUGGUAGAGAGGAUGUUGAUGUAAGAACAUUAGGGAAAGAUUUAUAUUACACCCUAUGGUUUGCCUUUCAAUUUACUUUAGGGAGACCAUUUGUGGUAGAGGUUCUCAAUCCACGUAAGAAUGUUGUCUGCACAGAAGCAUGUAAGGAACUUCAAGAGGAGAUUAAUAGAAGAACCACAGAUGUUGGUGUGAGAGAUCUUCAGAUUGUUGGCAGAGAUGCGACUAUGAAACUAAAGGAAGGAGAGACUGAGAAGAGCAAGUCUUACAUGGCCUUGGUGAGAGUAGCAUCACCAGUCAGCCAAGAAGAUCUGCAAUUACUCAAUACUGAUCAAGAAGUAGUUCUGAAGCAGAAAACUCCAAUCCGAGUUCUUCACAGACGUCCACUUGCUACGAGGGAGCGUUCUGUAUACUCCAUGUCAACAGAAAGAGUAGAUGACCUUAACUUUAAACUCUUUUUAUGCACACAAGCAGGAACAUAUAUUAAGGAGUUUGUACAUGGGGACCUUGGCAGAACCCAGCCUAACGUAGGAACAAUACUCAAGACAGAUGCUGAUAUUACCAUGCUGGAUGUCACAGCUGUGCAUGUAGAGUGGCCACCAGAAUUACCAGUAGAUGACUAGAUACGAUUCCAAAGAGGUAACAAACCAAACAACAGCAACAAAGGGCAGCCAAAUUGAGAACAGUAGUAGCUACUAUGUACAAGCUUUAUUGUAUAAAAAUGUUACAGGUGUCAGAGCUACAAACAUUUUACAGGAACAGAUCAAAAGGCACAACAAUUACAGGGUGAAAGGUAGUUGACCUUAUGUAAUAUUACACUUUACAUUGCUGAAUGUUAAAUGGAAAUUAUACGAAAUAAUUAUUCUGUUAACUAGCAAAGGAAAGGCAAAUAUUUUGAGAUAUUUUUUGAAAUAUUUUUUAGAAUUUGAAUAUUAGUAGUGCAGAUUAAGUUGUCAUUGAUUUUUUUUAAACAGUUGUUUUCAUCCUACAACUAAUAAAUUGGUAGCGCUUUGAUAUUUUCUCCAAUGAUGCCUAAUCAUUAUUAAUUUGACAAUCAUGAUUGUACUUGGUUUGUGAUGAAGGAUGUCUCAUAUAGCACUGAAUUUAUGACCAAAAAAUCAUCAAUUUACAUGUGAUAUUCAGAAUAUGCUACAAAGGCAAGGCAAGCUAAAAAAAACAAAAACAUGACUACUGGUAAGCUGAAAGUGAAAGCAUAGUACGGAAACAAGUUGUUUAUUAAAAUCAUGGAAUGAUUAAAAUAUUAAAAUAACUAUUGCUUACAUUAUUUGAUUUUAUUAUUUGAAUUUUAUAUUAUGUCAAAAUAUAAACAAAAGAGCACAGAAAUAUACAAGUUUUUUAUGUUUAUCUUCAAACUGAUUGCUAUUUGAUAUAUUGAAUUUUUGCCUACUUUAUAAUGGCCUUUUACUUGCUAUAACUUGUAUUCCACUCAAUCCAGAAGCUGCAUUCAGAAAAUAAACUUGCUUGGAACUCAUUUCUAAGAUAUUAAUGGUCAAAUGCAUUAAAAAAUAUAGGUAAAACUCAUAUGGUUAACUAAACUGUGAUCAUGCUGAAAAUGUGUAUAGUCUAAACUUUAAAUCAAGAUCAUAUUUAACUGAUACUAUAAAUUCUGGACCAAGUUGUUUCACAAGGUCUUCAAAUCCUCUGAAAUCAGUUUACAGAAAAAUUGCCAAAAUUACAUUUAUCAACAUUAAAUAUUAAUUUGAGGUUUAAUUGUCAGUUGUGAUUUUUUUUAUUUCAUUAAAGUACUAAUUUUGAUCAUACAUUUUGUAUCAUUGUUAAUGUGUUACAUCUAAGUAAGAAGUUAUUUCAUACACAUGUGUUGGAACAGAUUUAGAUUUUUUUCUUCAAAUAGAUUUUUUCUUUUUCAUUUUUCAUUUACAUAUCUUUCUUGAUAAAAUGCAUGUAGGCAUCUUGUGGUUGCCUAGCACAGCAAACGAUGUUCCUCGUCACCCAUCAAGAUCCUGCAAGAACAUAGAAGAGGAGAAAAUAUGACUAAGAAUAAUCUUUCUGACAAUUUUUAAAGAAGAACAUUAGAUAUUUUUCAACACGGAGACCAAGGUUGUGUUUUAUUCCUCCAUAAGCUCUAGAGAGACCAUUUACAUCACAGCAGUCUGACAAAUUAUUAAAUUUAUGUUCUUUUUUUAUAUCCAAUCAACUUUAGAGUGUAAAAUCUGUGAAUUUAAUGCAACUAUAAGCCUCUAUCAUAUUAUGUUGCUGGUUUUGUGAAAUGAUGAUUACAUAGGCUUAAGCACUGCAGAUUUGUCAGAUCGCAAAAAACAAGGGAUGUGGGUGAUUGAAAAAGGUUGGUUGGGUUGGUUGGAUGUUAAGACUAUUUUUCCAUUACCUGGGAGACCUAAGAAUAGAUACACCCAUGUACAUGCAUGUACUUUGAUGUAAUGAAAUUGCGAAUGGAGUCAUUGCUUGUCGAUCUUGACUGUUUGUGAGAUGAUGACUAUGCAAAUAAAUCACCUUUAUUGGGAUAGCUUGCCUUAGGUAA